AUGGGCACUCGCACUCCCCCUGGGACGACUAACAUGAUACACUGCAGUCCAGCUAGUGGCCUUGGUGGUGGUGGUGGUGGCCUUGAUCGUGGUGGUGGUAUUGCAGGAGGGGCUUUGAGGAUUGAGAGUGGAGGAAACGUGGUUUUGUUCUCUGUUUUGCUUUCGGUUCUUGCAGCUCUCAUUGCUUUCUAA